AUAUAUGUGAUUGAAGGUUGUCCCGAGUUAGUAGCACGUUACAUUAUUCUACUUGCGAUUGCCUUGGAAAAUCCGGAAACGCUUAAUUUGCGUUUGAAAACACAUCUUUUCAUGGAUGUAUAUGGUAAUAGUUUAUUACGCCCACUUUCAUGUCAAUACUUAGUCUAUAAGACGAAAUGUUUAAUGAAAACAUUUUCGGAUCGCGAGAUAACAGCACAAAUAGCACCUAUGAUUUCAAUUGAAAGAAUGAAAUAUCGUGAACGUGACAAUAUAGAAAAUGCAUUUGAAUUUUGGUCACCAAAACCAGGAUACAUAUUCAAUAUAAAAGAAUACUGGUCUACGAGAUUACGCAAAGACUUGGGCAUUCGCUAUGACUUUAGAGAAGGUUCAUUUGACUGGGACUUAAAUAUGGUGUUAAAAGAACGUGAUGCUAAACAAUUAUGCCCACAGGAAUAUAGUUAUUGGCGUGAAACUGGUAUAGCUUUUACUUUUCCAGAAUAUGAGCAAUGUAUGCCAAAUAAAACAUAUUCCCUAGCUUUAGUACGUAAUGGUAGCACUUUUUUACAUCGCGGCUACGAAGGCGACAUGCAUACUGGCCCAUUUUGUACAUUCGGUUUAAAAUCGACUGAUUCACGUUUUACGAAUAGUGCACACGGUGAGAAUGAUUAUAGAGCAACAGACGUAACUGAACGCAAUCUAAUGGAAUUAUUUCAUGAACUGCAGAAUAAAUCACCAUAUGAACAUGAUAUUGAGUUCUCCCGUAGAUAUGGGUCGGUAAAAUUGCUAAUGGGAAAAAUAUUAAGUUGGAAUGAUUAUGAACAAAACUAUUCCCAAGAUUGUGAUAAAGCCUGGCUAAGCACGGAAGGUGUUAAAGUGCACUUUUUAUCUUCUGAUGAGAUAUUUUCGAUGCAAAAUACUGCUACUAAUAGUAAUUGGCAAAGUUUUUUUGAUGUUAUAUUUGUGGGUUCCAAUUACUUUUCAUUCCUGAGAAAAGAAUUAUCUACAAUAAUGAAUAAAAAUGCGUUAUUACUCUUAGAAACAAAGUUACGUACUGUAGAGAGAAAGGAAAAUGUCGCUGAAUAUGAAAAGAAACUGAAGGAUUUCGCUAAAACUAUUAAUUUGGCUCCAGUUAUCAAUUAUAAUGCGAUUAAUGGGAAAAACUCAAUUUUGAAAUUUAAAAAAGUUAAUUGACUGUUUUUUUUAUUUAGUACGAUACUUUAACAUAUACAUAUAAUAUAUUUAGGUACUAUUCUCUAUUAAGAUAAAUCUCUAUUAUUAAACUCUUUUAAAGUUUAUUUCAAAUAAAAAUUA